GUGCCAGGUCAGUGUACGAGUGCAGCUGAGUGUGGCCGCUUCAGCAGAAAGUGAAUACACGGACAGACAACCCGCCACCGACCCGUGUGGCCCGGGGAAACCGUCAGCCCAGAACCGUUAACGACACCAGAAACAGAGCUAUAAUAACAGCGACGGCAGCACUGGCACCUCUGCCUCCCCCUGCCCCUGUCCCCUGCCCUGGCUUUGGACUGAGGUUCAUCCCUCCACCCCGCCGCCCUCGCCACAGACUCAAAGCGUGUGCAUCAUGGUGGAUGUAACCAAAUGGCCCAUUUUCAGCCUGUUAGGGCCCCAGGAGCUCUCCACCAUACGAAAAGCAUGUGUGUUUGGAACGUCUGCUAAUGAGGCCAUCUACAUCACCACUGAUGAUGAGAAUUAAUCAAAUAACUACUUGUAAUGUCAAGGGUGUGGCUCGUAGUGACAGAGAUUUAUCAUCCACCGCUUUAGUUCCCCUCAGCUCUACGGUGUAUGUGUUUGGGUUGAACUGCAGUAACUGCCUGGGAACAGGGGACAGCCAGAGCACCAUCGUACCCAAGAAGCUGGACUUCCUGAGUGGGAGGAAGGUGGUCAGCCUGAGCUACGGCUGUGGACCCCACAUCCUGCUGGCCACAGAGGAUGGGGAGCUAUUCGCCUGGGGUCAUAAUGGUUACAGCCAACUGGGAAAUGGAACAACCAACCAAGGAGUAGUUCCAGUCCUCGUGUCUGCCAGCCUGCUCAAUAAGAAGGUGACAGAGGUGGCCUGUGGCUCUCACCACUCAAUGGCUCUGACCGACUCAGGAGAAGUGUAUGCAUGGGGCUACAACAACUGUGGUCAGGUGGGUUCAGGCUCCACAGCGAACCAGCCCACGCCCCGCAGAGUGUCGAGCUGCCUGCAGAACAAAGUGGCUGUCAGUAUCGUCUGUGGGCAGACCUCGUCUCUGGCGGUAGUGGACAAUGGAGAGGUGUAUGGUUGGGGCUACAAUGGGAACGGACAACUGGGACUUGGAAAUAAUGGGAACCAACUUACUCCCUGUCGCCUUGUAGCUCUGCAGGGUUUAUGUGUUCAACAGAUUGUCUCAGGCUAUGCCCACUCCCUGGCACUAACAGACGAGGGGUUGCUGUUCGCUUGGGGUGCCAACACAUAUGGACAACUGGGCACCGGCAACAAGAGCAACCAGCUGAGCCCAGUUCAGAUCAUGACUGAGAAAGAGAGGAUUGUGGAGAUUGCUGCCUGUCACUCCACACAUACGUCAGCUGCCAAGACUCAGAGUGGUCAGGUGUACAUGUGGGGCCAGUGCAGGGGCCAGUCCAUAGUACUGCCUCACCUCACGCACUUCACCUGUACCGACGAUGUCUUUGCAUGCUUCGCUACCCCCUCAGUUAUGUGGAGGCUUCUUUCCAUGGAGCAUGAUGACUUCUUGACUGUGGCUCAGUCACUGAAGAAAGAGUUUGACAACCCAGAGACAGCUGACCUCAAGUUCUGCGUCGACGGCAAAUAUAUCUAUGUCCACAAAGCGGUUCUCAAAAUCAGGUGUGAACACUUCAGAUCCAUGUUCCAGUCCCACUGGAACGAAGACAUGAAGGAGGUGAUUGAAAUAGACCAGUUCUCCUACCCAGUGUACCGCUCCUUCCUAGAGUUCCUUUACACAGACAAUGUGGAGUUGCCUCCUGAGGAUGCUAUUGGGCUGCUGGACCUGGCCACGUCAUAUUGUGAGAACCGCCUGAAACGUCUGUGUCAACAUAUUAUAAAGAGAGGAAUCACCGUUGAAAAUGCCUUCUCUCUGCUGUCAGCGGCUGUGCGCUAUGAUGCAGAGGACCUGGAAGAGUUCUGCUUUAAGUUCUGUGUGAAUCACCUGACUGAGGUGACCCAGACCGCCGCUUUCUGGCAGAUUGACGGCAACCUGCUCAAAGAUUUCAUAUGUCGAGCCAGCCGCUGCGGAGCCUUCAAAAACUGACCUCAACCCGAGAUCAUUAUAGACACAGAUGCAGAGGCUGCUGUGGCGACUCCGGGAGUGACUCCUCAAAGGACUUGGUCACUCCCAGUUGGCUCCAGGAGCCUUUUACUGACAGGUGGUAUACAAACUUUAUAUCUUUAGAUUAUCACCAUCACUGUCAAAUCUGUUAUUCAUCUCAUUCCAGACUAGUGUGUCCAUUAUGUGAGCUGUUCAUGCCGAUAUUAAAAGGCUGAGCUGACAUCACACAGUCCAGUUACAGGUAAUUGUUUGCCACAGUGCCUGACUGCCUAUUCCUUUACACAUAUCGUGUAAAGCAGGACUUAAAAUGCAUUGAGAGGCAUACUAUCGCUUGAUGAAGUUGUUGUUUCUAUUAACUUGAAAUAUUCUUGCCAGUCGCCUGAUAUCACUUUAUUUUCUAUUAUUCUGUUUAAUUUCUUCUUAAGUGCUUGCACUUAUUGAAAAUAUCUUUACUAGAAGACUGCAUUAUAGUUUGGAUGUACCAUCUAGAAUCAUGGUUUUCAGGUUGAGAUAUAAGGCUUUUUGCACUUUUAGAUUCCAGGAUAGAACAAAUGUUAUGACAUAUGACAUGACAUAUCAAGAAUGCAGAUUCAACCCUUUUAUUUAGUCUGUUUAGGUCAAACUCCAGUCAGCGAUUAUUAGUCCUAGUAGCUGAGGUGUGAUCUUCUGUCUAGGCUAUAAGAAGACCCAAAGAGGGGAACUCAGGUUACAAGUGAGAUUCAGUCUUAAAUUGUUACAGAUGUGAAAAUGAUGCCGCUACAUUUGUGGAUUCCAUAGGUUGGAAAGUGUUAUUUUGUGCAGCUACAACUCCAUAACAACUCCAUAAAAGCUUCUUUAAUUUGUCUAUUUUUAUCACAUAAAACAAUUCAGUUGGUGUUAACUGGCAGUUAAACUCGCCUGGUUGCCAGCUGACAAAAAAUGUAUAGAGCCAUUAAAAAUCUGUUUACAGUAAGGCCUGUAGCCUUGCAGAAGCUUACGUUGUAUGGGCCUGGACUUUCUAAAAA